UGAAUAAAAACAACGGCGGAUUUCCACUUCAAUCAAUGGGAACUAAAUCAUGGUUUCUACAUAAAGAUUCUACUGAAGGUAUCGUAAGUUCCGGAAAUAGGAAGCCAAAUUCGACUGCUCAACGUAUAAUUUUUUCUACAAUGGAUACGAUUAACCAUAUACUGAUUGUAUUGGUGACGUUAUAUGUUGUAUAUCACGCAGCAAAGGAAUAUUCCGUAACAAAUGUACAUGUAAUCCUCUGCACUAUCGGUUACAUUUUAUUGAUGUCGGAGGCAACUCUUGUCCUCGCCAGUGACAACAUGCUGACCGCUUCUUUGUCGCGUCCUGUCAACAAACACCUUCAUUGGAUUCUUCAAACCGUUGGACUAAUUCUGACUUUGGUCGGCGUAGGCGUGAUGUAUAACGCCAAAUCAGUACACUUCCUUUCAAUCCAUAGUAUUACAGGUAUAUCUUCAUUGGUUAUCAUCUGCAUAGUGACUCUUCUCGGAUAUCCGGUAUGGAUCGCAUGGAAACUUCGCAAGUUCGUACGACCAACGAUUAUCAAAUUUCUUCAUAAUUUUCUUGCCAUCAUCGGUUUUAUCAUCGGUAUGGUCUCACAAUGUUACGGUUACAAAAAAACUUGGAUAUGUCAUGAAAUGGAAAUAAAGCACGCCGACGAUAUGCUACUUAUACUCACAAUAUUGAUUACAAUAUUAUCCUUAAGGGGUGCGCUCAACUCUCUUUAUAGACAAGCCACCAAUUAUCUAAAAUUAAUUUGCCCCUUCGCCUGAUAUAUGAGUUGGCAUGCA